AUGGCGCCUGGUCUCAUAUCCCCACAACCAGCCGUGUCGAGCGAUGCGACCAAGUCGCUGAACGAAGUCACGGCCGAUUACGAUGAUACACUCCGGUUUUAUCUGAAUGGCACAAAGGUCGUGUUGGAUAGUGCGGAUCCUGAAGUUACGCUGCUGGAGUACUUGAGGGGGAUUGGGUUGACGGGGACGAAGUUGGGGUGUGCGGAGGGUGGGUGUGGUGCUUGUACUGUGGUUGUAUCGCAAUUCAAUCCCACAACGAACAAGAUCUACCACGCCUCCGUAAACGCAUGCCUCGCACCUCUCGUCAGCGUAGAUGGCAAACACGUCAUAACAGUGGAAGGGAUUGGCAACGUGAAGCGGCCACAUCCUGCACAGGAGAGGAUAGCGAAGGGCAAUGGCAGUCAAUGCGGUUUCUGCACACCAGGCAUCGUAAUGUCAUUAUAUGCUCUCCUCCGCAACAACGUUGGACCGAGCGAGCUCGAGGUUGAGGAAGCCUUCGAUGGUAACCUCUGUCGGUGUACUGGAUACAGGCCGAUAUUAGAUGCGGCGCAGAGCUUCAGCGUAAAGUCAGGCUGCGCAAAAGCAAAGGCGAAUGGUGGUGGAGGAUGCUGUAUGGACAAGGACGGUGCGAAUGGCGGAGGUUGCGGCAAGAACAUUGAUGACGGCCAACCGAUCAAGCGAUUCACACCACCUGGGUUCAUCGAGUACAAGCCAGACACAGAGUUGAUCUUUCCCCCACAGCUACGGAAACACGAGUUUAAGCCGUUGGCAUUCGGUAACAAGAAGAAGAGGUGGUUCAGGCCAACGACCUUGCAACAACUACUGGAGAUUAAGGACGUUUAUCCCUCCGCAAAGCUUAUCGGUGGCUCGACUGAAACACAAAUCGAGAUCAAAUUCAAGGGCAUGAACUACAAUGCUUCAGUCUUUGUCGGCGACAUUGCGGAACUACGGCAGUUCAAACUCCACGACGACCAUCUCGAAAUUGGUGGAAACGUUGUGCUCACAGAUUUGGAAGAGAUCUGCAAAGACGCUCUCGAGCAUUACGGGCCAGUACGGGGCCAGCCAUUUGCUACCAUUCUGAAGCAAAUACGGUAUUUCGCUGGACGACAAAUUAGGAAUGUGGGUACACCCGCUGGUAACCUGGCAACAGCGAGUCCUAUUUCCGAUUUGAAUCCGGUGUUUGUUGCGACGAACGCGACUCUCAUAGCAAAGAGCCUCAAGGAGACGACGGAGAUUCCCAUGUCCACUUUCUUCAAGGGAUAUAGGCAGACUGCACUACCUCCGGAUGCCAUCAUUGCGGGGUUGAAGAUCCCGGUUGCGAAAGAGAAGGGUGAGUACAUCCGCGCGUACAAGCAGGCAAAGAGGAAAGAUGACGACAUUGCUAUUGUGAAUGCCGCUUUGAGGAUAUCACUGGACGAUCAGCACACAGUCGAGAGCGUGGAUUUUGUGUACGGUGGCAUGGCACCUACGACGAUCCACGCGCGCAAAGCAAUGGACUUCCUCCAAGGGAAGAAGUUCUCUGAUCUCCCAACACUGGAGGGCGUCAUGGAUAAGCUUGAAGAAGACUUCGAUUUGCGCUUCGGUGUUCCGGGUGGUAUGGCGACAUACAGAAAGUCUCUCGCGCUCGGCUUCUUCUACAAGUUCUACCAUGAGAUCCUGGCUGAGCUGCACGCUGAGGAAGUUGAAGUUGAUACACAUGCAAUCGGCGAGAUUGAAAGAGAUAUCAGCUCGGGCAAGAAGGACGACAAGGCGGCUGAGGCCUACAUCCAGAAUGAAGUUGGGCAGUCGAAGAACCAUGUCGCGGCUAUGAAGCAGUGCACUGGAGAGGCACAGUACACGGAUGACAUUCCCCUGCAAAGAAACGAGUUGUAUGGCUGCUUGGUACUUUCAACAAAGGCACACGCCAAGCUACUCUCCGUCGAUGCCGAACCCGCACUAGAACUUCCCGGUGUUGUCACGUACGUCGACCACAAGGAUCUUGCAUCUCCAGAAGCCAACUGGUGGGGUGCGCCGUCCUGCGAUGAGACAUUCUUCGCUCUCGACGAAGUCUUCACUGCUGGUCAGCCAAUUGGUAUGAUCUUGGCUGACACAGCGAAACAUGCAGAGCAGGCCGCACGUGCUGUCAAGAUCGAGUAUGAAGAGCUUCCAGCUAUCUUCACAAUUGAAGAGGCUAUUGAGAAGGAUAGCUACUUCAACCACUUCCGUCACAUCCAGAAGGGAGAUACCGAGAAAGCGUUUGCCGAGGCUGAUCACGUCUUUACCGGUGUAGCGCGCAUGGGUGGUCAAGAGCACUUCUACCUUGAGACCCAAGCAUGUGUCGCCGUCCCCAAGCCUGAGGAUGGCGAGAUGGAGAUCUUCAGCAGUACGCAAAACCCAGCCGAGACACAAGCAUAUGUGUCCAAGGUCGUCGGUGUCGCCGCCAACAAGAUUGUCACCCGUGUCAAGCGCAUGGGUGGUGGUUUCGGUGGUAAAGAGACUCGUUCAGUCCAACUCGCUGGUAUCGUGGCCUGCGCAGCGAACAAGGUUCGUCGACCUGUACGCUGCAUGUUGAACCGGGACGAAGAUAUCAUGACUUCUGGACAACGGCAUCCCUUCCUCGCUCGCUGGAAGGUUGCCGUCAACAAGGACGGUAAGCUGCAAGCCCUUGAUGCAGACGUCUUCUGCAAUGGUGGCUGGAGUCAGGAUCUCUCUGGUGCAGUCGUCGAGCGAUCUCUCUCACACAUCGACAACUGCUACUCGAUACCCAACAUCCAUGUCCGCGGACGUGUCGCGAAAACAAACACCGUCUCCAACACCGCAUUCCGAGGCUUCGGCGGGCCACAGGGCAUGUUCAUCGCAGAGACCUACAUGGAAGAAGUCGCCGACCACCUCAACAUCCCCGUGGAGAAGCUACGAGAAAUCAACUUUUACUCGCCCUCCACAAACAUGGUCACGCACUUCAACCAAGAGAUCAAAGACUGGUACGUCCCACUCAUGUACAAGCAAGUCCAAGAAGAAUCCGCCUACGCCCAACGCCGCGCCGAAAUCGAAGAGUUCAACAAAACCCACAAGUGGAACAAACGCGGUCUCUCCAUCAUCCCCACCAAAUUCGGCAUCUCCUUCACCGCCCUCUUCCUCAACCAAGCCGGCGCCCUCGUCCACAUCUACCACGACGGCAGCAUCCUCGUCGCGCACGGCGGCACAGAAAUGGGCCAGGGCCUACACACCAAGAUGACGCAAAUCGCGGCGGAAACCCUCGGCGUCCCCCUCGACUCCGUCUUCAUCAGCGAAACCGCCACAAACACCGUCGCAAACAGUUCCUCGACCGCCGCCUCCGCCUCCUCGGACCUAAACGGCUACGCCAUCCACAACGCAUGUGUGGAACUAAACGCCCGCCUCGCCCCCUUCCGCGAAAAACUAGGCAAAGACGCCUCCAUGAAAGACCUCGCCCACGCCGCCUACUUCUCCCGCGUCAACCUCUCCGCUCAGGGCUUCUACAAAACCCCUGAUAUAGGCUACGUCUGGGGCGCAAACACGGGCCAGAUGUUCUUCUACUUCACCCAGGGCGUUGCCGCCGCUGAAGUUGAAAUCGACACCCUCACUGGUGACUGGACGACUCGUCGCGCUGAUAUCAAAAUGGAUGUUGGAAGGAGUAUUAAUCCGGCGAUUGACUAUGGCCAGAUUGAAGGCGCGUUUGUGCAGGGUCAGGGGCUUUUUACGACGGAGGAGUCACUGUGGUUGAGGGGUACGGGUGGGGUCGCGACGAAGGGGCCCGGGAAUUAUAAGAUUCCUGGGUUUAGGGAUGUGCCUCAAGUUAUGAACGUCACUUUGCUUAAGGAUGUUAACUGGGAGAAUCUGAGGACUAUUCAGAGGAGUAGGGGUGUUGGCGAACCCCCCCUCUUCAUGGGCAGCGCUGUCUUCUUCGCUAUUCGCGACGCGUUGAAAGCUGCGCGCACACAAUUUGGCGAAACAUCGCUUUUGUCGCUUACGUCACCUGCGACGGUUGAGCGGAUAAGGAUUAGUUGUGCGGAUCCGAUUUUGAAGCGUGCGUGGGUUGAGCCGAGGGAGGGGGAGAAGAGUUUCUUUAUUAGUAUUUAG